GAGCCAGGUUUAUGAACACAAUCAUGUUGAGUUUGCUUAUGUAGUUGGCUCGGCUAUGAAGAAUUUUUACACGCUAUCCUUUUGACGAGCGAUACGGUAAAGCAAUGGAGGUACCGCGGCGCAGGGGUGGAGCUUAUGAACAUCGCUCAGUAGUAGGCAACAUCUUAGCUCCGACCUCUGGGAUCCAGGGCUCUGCAGACUUGCGGACAACACCUUCGUCACGCGGUGCACCUCCCGCGGCUACAUCGCGGCCACCAUGGGCGACGGAGUUGGACACCGCAGGACCCAGCGAUACGCCACCAGCAGGAUGCCGCCGGCCAUCCUCUGCCUCACACCAGCGGGGUGGCCAAAUCUCCCAGGGUAACCAUGAGUUCAGCUUCCAAACGCCAUCCGUGCCAUCCCAGCCUGGAAGUGCACGGGCGGGCCAAGCAGCCCAGCUAAGCUCCAGGUCGCACCAACACCUCGAAGACUAUGCAGGCUCCUCAUAUGACACGUCCUGGGAACCCCGGUCCCGUCAGGCUGCGGCCACAGCGGCGCGGCCAAUGUCAUCGGGGCGAGCUGCCGACCCUUUCCAUCCUCACAACAACAGCUCUAGCACAGCGCCAACGGACCAGCUGGACCUCUGGGCCCAAGAGCAACAUCACAGUCCCAACCGUGCUAAUUUUCACCAGCACCAAGCGCCCGAAGCACAACCAUGGCAUGACAGCCAUGCCGAUGGCAUCUACGUACACGUUGACUCUCACAACGCUACAACCUCCCAAAGCAAUACACCUCCAUCCCGUCGCGCUUCAGCUGCAGCAACCUCAACAGCAGCGCCGCCUCGCACCGUUAGCGCUAACAGCAACCCAACUGCCAGAUCAGGCAGCCGAGAUGCCGGGCGUCUGCAGCCUGGAGACCUGAGCAGCGCAGAUGUUGGGGAUUUGGGCGCUCGAAGACCCGCUGCGAGACGUGGAGCCCCACCACCGCCACAGCAACAGCAGCCGCAGGGAAGGACUGCAGCAGCAUCCCGUGUUACCGCCUCUCCCGCCCGCAGCCCGUCCCACCAACCGCAACCCUCUGCUGCAGCCGCCGCAACGAGCCAUCACAGCAGCCAUGCGGCUGCCGUUCCUGGUCGUUCGGCUUCUACACCCAAGCCUCGUCCUGUCGUACAACCCAAACGCUCAACUUCCAUAACAGACAAUGUACGGCGGGAUUGGGUGGAUAUUGGGUCGGCGUCGGACCGAGCAACGGCAAGACCCGGUAGUAACGGUCGCAAUCGUGGCGGUGGGUUUGGUGGUGGCGGAGGAGGGGGAGCAGGAGCAGGAGGAAGUCGAUGGGACGCGGAUACGGACGAUGGCGACCGGGGUUCGUGGCUGUUCGUAGCUGCUGACAGUCAGGACCAGCAGCAGCAGCCGGGGCAGCUCGAGGAGCCGCGGGGACAGCCACUUGGGGAUCAUCAGCAGCAGCCGCAACAUGUGCCUGUUGCGGAGCCCCUCCGAAGGGAACACACGGACGGGGAGGGGACCAACAGCAGCAGCAGCAGGAGUCGCUCGUCGGCUCCGCUGCGGGGAGCUGUUGUGAAUGGCAGCAAUCGUACGAAGGGCAGUACGGCUGACGACGGCCUCCUUAGCGGCGGUGGCGGCGGCGGCGGCGGUGGUGGUAGACAUGGUGGCAGCAGUGGGGCUCACGCGACACCCGCCACAACACUGGAAGCUACGUUCACACAGGCGGCGGCAGCAGCGCCGCAUGUGGCGUCCAAAGCCGUGACGAACGGUGGAGGCGGUGGUGGUGGUGGUAGCGGAGAGGUGUCCAUGGGUCAUGGGGCGUUGUUAGCUGGCGGCGAGCUGGGGGUUGGCUGCAUUGGAAGCGGCGGAGGAGGGGGAGCUGUGGCGGCACGUCGGAAAGGUGCCGGGUCCCUUUCCUCGGGCGCUUCGCAAGCGGAGGCUUCACGCCAGAUUCAGGCGCUGCAAGAUGAGAACGCCCGGCUUCGGGACCAGAUAGCGCACCUGCACCGGCUGCUAGCGGUGUCCCCCGCAAGUACGGCAUCGCCAACGUCAGCAGCAGCAGGAGCAGCUGCCCUGCCGUACACUGCGGCGGAGGGCGGCAGCAGGCAGCAGCGCCCGUCCAGCGCUGCCUCGGCCUGUGGUGCAGGUGGUGGUGAGGCGGGACCGAGCAUGGCAGCGGCGGCCACAGCGGGGGUAGCACUGCAGCAGUACAAGUCACAGGUGAUUCAGCUUCAGCGGCAAGUGGCACUGAUGUCCCGUGAAAUGGAGGCCAAAUCCCGGCUAGCUAUGGAAGCGGAGGGCGUGCUGCUUGAAGCUGCUUCACGGCUCACGGAACUCGCAAGCUGCGCCGCCGCCGAUGCGGGCGGUGCCACGGCUGCCUCCGCCUCCGGUGACGGUUGGGGUGGCGGUGUUGGGGACGCUGAGCAGCCGCCGCUGAGUCGGGAGCGGCUGCUGGCGGUGGCCAAGUGGAGCCGGCAGAUGCUGGGGCGGCUGCGCAGCGAAAAGUCCCAGUCCUCCAAGCUCUUCACCCAGCAAGACCGAGACAACCCCGGCGGCUUCGCCCCCUCCUUCGCCCCCUCCUGGUCCGACUCCAACACCAACAGCCACGCCCACAACGGCAACAUCAACAACCCAGCAGCAGCCCACGGCCCCUCCUGGCACGUGCCCUUCAUCCCUGCCGGCGGCAACCGCUUCCUCCUCCUCGACCCCUCGCCUCAAAACAGCGGCGGCGGCCGCGACGACAGCACCAGCAGUGACCCCAGCACCGGCACCCGCCCCAGCAUGCUGCCCUCCGUUGCCGCGCUCUGUAACGGCGGCGGGGUGUUUCUUGCUGACCCCGUGCUUGCUCACCGAUUGGAGGUGGCGGUGGCGGCGCUGGCUCCCCGGCUAGCGGCGCUAGCGGUGGCGGUGCGGGUGCUGCUGCUGCCCGCCAUGCCCUGGCUGGGGCUGGAGGCGGCGGAUAGGAUGCAGGCCGAGGUGGGUGAGGUGGCGGCCAGUGCGGCUCAGGUGUCGGAGGCGCUCAGCCAGCUGGCCGCGCUGCUGCCGGCGGGUGCGGUGGCGUUCGGGGACACACCCGUGAGUGGCGAACCCAGGAGACGUGCUGCGGAGGUGGAGGCGGGUCGAGACAGUUGGUUGUACGGCAGCCCGGAGUCGUUGGAAGCCGAAGAGGUGCAGCCGGCGGUGGCCAAUGAGGACGGCACCAUCAACGUAGCCCGACUGCAGGCCGCUAUCGCACCGCUGCUACGCGACCGCAAGGCGGGUCCCAAGGCCCUAGCUGACAUCCUGGAGCCCAUGAGGGCGCGAGCGCAGGCGGUUGCCGCCAAGCGCGCCGUGCUGGAGUCCGAGCUGCGUUUCGCCAGCCGAGCCUCCGCGCUGCAUGCCGAGCACGUGAGCCACCUGAUGCUGAGUGUGGGCAUGGCGGUACGGGAGGUCGCCGCUGCGGAGGGAGGUGGUGGUGGCGCAGCAGGCGGUGGCGGCGGCAGCAGCAAGCAGCAAGGCAUCCGGACGGCGUUUGCGGCGGCUGCGGCAGUACGGCAGGUGCUGGGGGCGGUGGAUGCGUUGGAGGUGCACCCCUGCGAGGCGUGUCUCAAGGCGCUGGUGGACGUCAUCCGCUGUCAGCGGGAGCACCUGGACCGGGUGCCCGAGCUGCUUGUGGAGUCCCCCGCUGCGGAUUUGGAGGGCCGCCUGCUGGACAAGGUGGAGGAGCUUCACCAGGGCUUCAAGAAGGCUCUCAGCAGGCUGGAGGCGCACAAGCGGCGGCAGAUGGAUGCGGGCGGAUUGGUGCCAUGCAGCCCAGGGGAGGGUGAUGGGGCGGGAUAUGAGGACGAGGGUGAGGAGGAAGAGGGCUGGAGAGGGGAGGCUGCUGCCACCAACACCGGCGGUACGGCCAGCGGAGAGUCAACGCUGCCGCAUCAACAACAGCAGCGACAGCAGGGACAAGUCCGGCGAGGUAUGGGAUCCGGUGGCUCCAGCAACGCUGGGUCGAGCCAAUCGGGACGGCCACCGCUACCGCCGUCACAGCAGCAGCAGCAACUGCAGCAGAGGGCGGGUGCAGGGAGCGGGAAACCGCCCAAGCCGAAGCCUGAGUGGCAGGAGUGAGCGGCCGUAGGAGGCAUGGAGGGCACUGCGUACGGGGUUGACCAGAACUGCGAGCUUGUGGGGGAACUGCAGAUGGGGGUCGUUUGGACGAGAAAAGGUUCACGUCAUCGAGCGUUUACCGUAUUACCUGGUAUUACCGGUAGUGAAAGCAGGAUGGCUUAGUUGUGCAUGGGGUGAAGACCCUGAUUCAGGCUGGAUACCCCCUGAUUCGAAGCAUGGUGCUAACGGUAUCUAUGAUUCAUGGAAGUGGCCCGUUUCCAGCGGCAUUGCUUUUGCAGCUGUGAGCGACAGAGAUGGUUAGAACUUAUUGGGUUAAUUCGCAAGCUGCGAUCAACAGGACCUGCCUCCUUGUAGCCGAUCGUGACUCCCACCGUACCGGAGUAUAAAGCAUUGCAGCAUGCUUGCUGUGACGAGUAAUGCCUCCUCUCGCUAGCGUAAAGGAUUCUGGGGAAGAAGAAUGUUCUGGAAGAACAAGGAUUGGCGGAGCCUCGUUCCUUAAACG